AACCCUAACAUCACGUCGUCCAAGGACGACCGCAUUAGUAUUGCAAGUGCUGCUCUCGAAAAGGCGAUUAGCAUGCUCCAGCCCAAUGGGCAAUUCAACGUAUCCUCAGAUACUACAUACGAAACCGCUGGCAGGCUUUACGCACAAAUGGCCGAAUUUGAUAGACUGACGAACCAAACCAAGUACAAGCAAGCGUUGAAACAGUGUUUCGCGCUGGCAGAGUCAGUCAGUUCUGAAUUCUUGACCACGACGAAUUAUGGAUACGCUGCGGCUCGGGCUUACGACAUUUAUCAAGACCAAGACUUCCUCGAUCUGGCCUUGACAUCGUGGACUUCUGCGAGGCGAUACACAUUAUCUCAGGAGCAAAUUGCCUCGGGCACCACAGAUGUUAAGCAAUUCAAUGUCUCAAUUUCGUGU